CCUUCCUCAAAGCUCAUUGGUCGCACAUCCCGUUCUUCACGUAAAUCUGGAAAAACUCACCAAACACACGCUGUGGACUUCGUUCUAACGUUUCCGUGUGUCCCUGUUCACAGUUUCUUUUCCUGAUGAGCUUAUAAACAGAGGAGAGUGCAGCUCUGCAUGUCAAAAGUAGAAAUUGACCAGGUGGAGGUUUAUUCAUGUUUACACGAAGCGUAAAUUGGGCGGCACGAGCGGUUGAGCUCGGGAGUUAAGCCGGGGAUCAAGCAGACUGAACUUGUUCUGGUCUCUUGACGGGCAAUCAUGGAGUCGGUCAGCAGUCCAUCGGUGCUGGGCUGCAAGCACCUCUCUAUCUGCCUGGUGGACUGUAUGAAGACUCCGGGGGUCCUGAGGCCAGAGCCUGAAGCCCCAUCUAGUGACCUUCCGGUCCUCACUCUGAGGGAGCUGUCCAUCUCUUUGGUGGAUUGCAUGAAAACUCCAGUGCUGAACAGUGACGAUAAUCACAGCAGCUUGGAGCUCAAGCUGAAAGAGGAGGACGAGCAGUUGGGGAGAGAGUACGAGGGCUCAAAGCUGGAGCUGCACCCGGUCUGGCAGGACAGUGGAGUCGGACCAGAGAUUCAUUUGUAUAAAGAAGAAGAAGAAAAUAAAAACAACAUCUCGGUGGAAACCAAACCUGAAGAAGUUGCUCGCAGUGAUGGCACAACGUUGGUGUUUCAGGAGAACGCCGGCGGCACCAAAGGGAUGGCGUGGCUUAUACAGUGUUCCGAACUAUCAGAGUCCGUCGAAACAGCCGCGCUGGGCCCCAGUUCAGAGGAGGAAAUGGAUGCAACGUUACAGCAAAGUCAGGAAGAAGACGCUUUAUCAGACAGAAUGGAGACGGCACAGCAGGACACUGAAGCAGAGGAAGCUGAAGAUGCAGAAACCCCCAAGUCUGGAGCUCCUUCUUGCGUGUCUUCAACCAAUGAAAACCAAACAGAGAACCAACAGGAAGCUGCGUCUGAACCCCGACACCACCGCUGUGAGCACUGCGGGAAGUCCUUUGCAAGGAAGAGCAAUGUCCUCCGACACCAGCGGCACAAUUGCAGCAGAACAAAAUCCACAGAAGAUUCAGACCAGCUGGAGCAGGAGACGUUCUCAUGCAGCAGGUGCAUUCUAACAUUUGACACUAAACGCGGGCUGAAGCUGCAUGAGCUCUGUCACAAAGAAAACAGUGAAAGUCACGAGGGCAAAGAAAGUAAUGAGGUUCAACGAGAGAGGCCUCACACCUGCACACAGUGCAAUAAGAGCUUCUACGUGUUGUACACGCUGCGGCAGCAUCUCCUCACGCACACUGGGGAGAAGUCUUACCACUGUGAGGUGUGUGGGAAGCAGUUUGGCAGGGAAGGAACUCUGAAGGAGCACAUGUUGAUCCACACAGGGGAGAAACCUUAUAAAUGUGACCAGUGCGGCAAGACCUGUGCUAGGCGCGGGGACCUACGAAUACACAUGUUGAGCCACUCUGAGGAGAGACCUCACAACUGCAGCCAAUGCGGCAAAAGCUUCAAACAGCUUUUCAAACUGAGGAAGCACGAGCGAAUCCACACGGGUGAGAAACCGUACCAAUGUCAGCUUUGCGCAAAGAAGUUUAGACUACAGGAAUCGCUGGCGUCACACAUCCACACGCACACUGGAGAGCAGCCCUUCAAGUGCAGCCUCUGCCCCAAGGCCUUCAGUAUCAGGAGCAACUUGAAGAAGCACCAAAUGAUACACACCGGGGAGAAGCGCUUUCACUGCUCACACUGCGACAAAAGUUUCCGGCUGCAGCAGCACCUGAUAUUCCAUGAGCGGGGCCACACAGGGGAGAAACCAUACAAGUGUGAAAAAUGCGGGAAAGGUUAUUGUCACCCGUCUACGUUGAAAACACACCUGUCCGCUCAUGAGGAGAAACCACCACGUUGCUCCCUGUGUGGGCAGGAAUUUAGAGAUCAGGAGGAGUUAGCCAAUCACCGGUGCGCUGAGUCAACAGAAAAACCGCAUCGCUGUUCUCAGUGUGGAAAGUGCUUUUCCCAGAUCAUUAAUAUGAAGAAACACCAGAUGAUCCACUCAGGGGAAAAACCCUUUGCGUGCAAGGAGUGUGGGAAGCUGUUCAACCACAGUGGGAAUCUCACAAAGCACAUGCGCACCCACACCGAUGAAAGGCCAUUUGAAUGUGAACUCUGCAAGAAGCGCUUCAGGCUCCUGCAGCACCUCACAAAUCACAGAUUAACUCACAACAAGAAAAAGUAGAGACUGAAUCUGAUGUUUUAGUGGAAGCAGCCGCAGAUUAGGAGGACAAACAGGGAUGACUCUGCUGAGAUGAGAUUACGUUGACUCAGCUUCACUCCAUUUUAAGCUUUAACUGUAGCUGUUUUAGUUGUUCCUUAUGAGACGGAAGAAUGUUAGAGAGAAACUGUCUGCCUUGAUCUUUAAAGGAUAAAAUGCUUUUUGAAUUAUAGUUUGGGGGAGUUUUGUAUUUUUUUUUUACAGAUUAAUAUAUUAAAUUGGGAAUUUGUCCCAAAAUUAAAAGGAUGAAAAAAAUGAAAUGCAAAAAAAAGAGAAACUAUUAUAGGACGAAAUAAAAGUCAAUAUUAAAACCAAAGCACUAAGACACUAUCUUUUGUCUGGAUGUCAUAGGUUUCAUUGGUAAGCUACAGAUUGGAUAUUGAUCAUCAAGUAGUGAGUUACAUUCCUAAUUGCACCAUACUAGACUCUCACUACGUCUACCUCACUGUAGUUGUCAGAGUAAUUAACAAUAUAGAUAAUAGAGAAAAUGAAAAAGAAAAAAAUUGCUGUUGGUCAAAAUGGGCAUCAACUUUUUGCCCUGUUUUAAGUCAUGUAUCUCUAAUUAAGGAAACUCAUUGCGCUCAUUGACACAGACUGACUCCGAUUGAUUGGCAGAGGUUUCCAAAUAACUGCAGAUUGCAAUCUGUCUGAGAGUUGCCACAACUACUUGCAGAUGGUUAGCCUUGCGAUUUAAUUCAAUGCAACUAUUGGACACCUAUCCUUAUAAAUUUAUUCUUCCUCUAGUUGCAAAGACAAUGCUUUCCUACCUUUACUCCAGUGUGAUAUCUGCUGUAACCCAAACUGUGCUGCCACUGGAUUUCUUGCAAUGUGCACGUUUUUAACGUGAUAUAAACUUCACAUUUUAACGUCUGAUUUAGACUUUGUAAAUCUUUGUACAGCCUACGUGUCAACCUACGCAAUUGGCCAACACUGUUACCAGCAUUCAAACUUGUGCUGGGUGUUUUGUCUGUUUACCUUCUGAUUGUGAGCCUUUAUGUAAUUUCAAUUUUUAAUGAAGUGCCAGUGACGAUGUAACUAAAUGAAGGGACUUUUUUUUACCCUCUUGAAUUCUCGCUCUUCGUUGUGGUCAACAUAUUUGUGCCUCAAUGGGUUCGACUUAUUCACCUAUUCCCUCUCAUCUAUUUGGAUAUUUUCGGCAGUCUCUCUACAGGGAUUCGCACCCUCCGCACAUACUACUCGGCAUGUCAGAGCAGACCAGUAUACAUGAGUUUACAAUCCAAGAAUCUUGUAAAAGUGUAAACCUUUAAUCUGCACUGCCAAUGUUGUGAAUUUUUAAGCCAUACGCUGAGUGCUGAUCAGACUCUAUCUAUCAAAGUAUUAUGCUUAAUUUCUAGUAAUAAUGUGCUAAUUCUGUAAUGUUGUCACUCCUGAGUUCUGAGGUAUCUGCAACACGACAUUAUGACGGCUAUCAUUUGGAUGUGAUGCUGUACUAUACCAAAGUGUUGAGUAACCCCUUUGACUGGUGCUGUACUGCACACUGUGACAAAAGGACCCGGAGCGCACAGUGCUGGAAGUUGAGUGAUCUUUUUAUUUACAACAUUGGUUGCACUUUUCAGUUGGCACAGCUUUCAAGCUGCCCUCACCAUCUUUGCAGCGCACACAGCUCUCUCACCACGUCCUGGCAUCCUACUCAAAUAGGGGAGGCAUUUGACACCACACCCUGAACCCACUGCUCCACCGCUCCCCUACAGAUGAGCCAAAAACCACAUACCGCCAUUGCCCGGCUUAGGCCAGGGGAGCUGUCUGGCCUGGCCUACUCCACUAAUAAAUUGGUGGUGGGCCAUGCAGUCAGGCUGCACCUGCUGCAUCAGCAUGUCUCCAGUUAAGCUGACUGCAAGAGUUUAAGAUAGAUGUACAGAAAAAAAUUAAUCAGGUGUCUCUGAGGGGUCAGGAGUUUAUGUUAUAGUUUAUUUGAUUAAACUGUGGUCUUAACAUCUUAAAUAUGAUUUUGGCUGAGUGAGCUAUCAAACAGUAGAUCUUUCACCUUUUACAGGACAGAAUACCUUCAGAUGCAGUGUAAUGCCUCUUUAGUGGCUUUUUAGAUACUAAGUGGUAGUUACAUAACUCCAUUUAAACACCUCUCAGUUCCAUUGAGCACAGUUAAAUUAGCUGUACUGGCAUGAGCACAGCUAAAUAACCAAGUUAUUCCUUUUUCUCUUUGUACAGGAUCAAGGCAGAGGACUCGAUGGAUGCCGAUGUGAUUAUGCUGUUUUAUGGACUUUACUACGGCGUCACGGGCAGAGACUUUGCUGAAAUCUGCUCGGACUGCAUGGCUUCUACAAUUGGGGUAAAACGUUUUUUUUUCUUCCCCCAGUUCAAGAUAGCAGCCUUCAGCUAGUUUUAAGUUUAACACAAACACAACCAAAAACAGUUUUGAAAGAAAAUAGCUACAGAAACUCUGUUGUUUCUAUAUAAAUCCAUAAAAGUAAAACACAAAAUAAUAACAAUAUGUAACUUUGUGCUCUGCUAAUGUUGCCCUGAUAAUAAACAUGCUUUUUAAUCAGUAGCUUGGUAAAUAAGGGUUGUGUGUGGGUUGUGCAUACACUUAUGUACAAAUACAGACCAGUGGGUCUAAGAGACACAGACGUGUGUGUGACCAGAUACUCUCAGCAAUAAGUGUUGGUCUUUGUUCAAUGUUCUGAUGGGACGAGUUCUAGUCACACAAGCUCUUCACCCAGUGCACAUGAUAGCAGUGAAAUUAGCAGUUGCAGUAAUGAAGGCAAAUUUAUCUGCAGUUCCUUUAAAGGAAAGGAGCUGCAGCAGGAUCCAGAAGUGUUUGCUAUAUUUGACUAAGUCUGAGCCAGAAACAAAUUUCUACUACUUUAGAGCAGAGAAUACAUUCAUCGACUUUGACACUGAGCUAGAAUAUGCAGUUCUGGAGCUCAACCCUGAAACGUCUUGAUGCGUGUUCAAUCAUCCAGGUAACCACUUGAUCUGUAAUUAUGUCACAAAGCAAGGCAUUGAAAACAUAUUGGAGGGUGGAAAUAAAGCGGGAAAAGUAGCGACCUACCACACUUCGAUGUAUCACGCUGGCUCUGGCUCUCCAGUUUGAUGUUUUUGCAGGAUUUACCUAUGGUUUUACAAAAGAAGUCGAUGUUAUUUAACUGAUAAUAAAUGAGAAGUGGAACAACA